GAGACCUCAAUGGGCCAGCACACCCAAGAGGGGAGUGUCACAUGCUGGAUGAAGCUUUGCCCACUGGCUGAAGGUAUAGGCUAUGGGGGACUGCUGAUCUUGCUGUACAGCUGCAUGACCUACAUCAUUGUUCUGUCCUGGGCUCUCUUCUAUCUGGUGUUCUCCUUUACCUCUACAUUGCCCUGGAGCACCUGUGACAACUAUUGGAACACAGCGGAUUGUGUCGAGACUACAAUGAGGAAUCACACAAAUCACACUAAAGGGACCUCAGCAACGAUUGAAUUCUGGGAACGUCGAGUGUUAAAAAUGUCAGGAGGUAUUGAGGAAAUUGGCAGCAUCAGGUGGGAGGUGCUCCUGUGCCUUCUGGCUAUGUGGUUCCUUUGUUACUUUUGCGUCUGGAAAGGAGUUAAAUCAACUGGAAAGGUAGUGUAUUUUACAGCCACAUUCCCUUACGUGACGCUCCUCAUUCUUUUGAUCCGAGGGCUCACUCUUCCGGGAGCCAGACAGGGAGUGGAGUUUUAUCUUUUGCCUGAGCUGUCGCGACUCAGUGACCCUCAAGUGUGGAUGGAUGCCGGCUCGCAGAUUUUUUUCUCAUAUAGCAUCGGUGUGGGGACACUGACUGUACUGGGCAGCUACAACACCCAAAACAACAAUUGCUACAAGGACAGCUUUUGGCUGUGCUUGUUGAACAGUUGUACUAGUAUGGUGGCUGGCUUUGCUGUCUUCUCGGUGCUAGGAUUCAUGGCUCACGAGCAAGGGGUUGCUGUCGCAGAGGUGGCUGAGUCAGGUCUAGGCUUGGCGUUCAUUGCAUACCCUCUGGCAGUGGCCAUGAUGCCGUGGCCUCAAGUGUGGUCCAUCUGCUUCUUUGUCAUGCUGAUCCUCCUGGGACUAGACACAGAGUUUGUUACCAUUGAGGUGGUGAUGACGUCUGUCUCGGACAUAUUUCCCAAAGUGAUGCGUCAGGCAGGCAAGCGGGAAUGGUUCCUUCUACUGUUCUGCAUCAUGUGUUUUUUUUUGCAGCUCGUCAUGAUCACCGAGGGAGGGAUGUACUUUUUCCAGAUUUUUGACUACUACGCUUGCAAUGGGGCCUGCAUCCUCUUUCUUUGUGUGUUUGAAAGCUUGGCAAUGGGCUGGAUAUUUGGUGCAGAGCGACUGUGCAGCAUCAUAGCAGACAUGACAGGCGAGCAUGCAAAUGUGUACUUUAAAGUCUGCUGGCGCUUCCUGACCCCAUUUGUUUCACUGGUACCGGUUCCCUACCUGGGCCCACGUAAUGGGCUGGAUGAUGGCCCUCUCUUCCAUCCUGCUGGUACCAGGUUGGGCGCUGUUCAAGCUAAUCACCACAAAGGGAACUCUCAGUCAGCGCCUCCAUCGUUUGUGCUGGCCCGAGCCAACUGACUGCUUGAGGGACCCAAACAGAGACACAGUGCUGCAACACAUCACUGAAGAUGAGCCAGAGGAAUUCUGACAGAGAAAAUAACGCCAACAAUUAACAACAACAAUUAACAAAAAUUAUCAAUCAUCUACAAAAAAUGGAUAAUGACUUGUGAACGUUGCAGUAGUGUUACUGAAAGUAAGGUGAAUGAUCAACAUAAUUAGUAGAAAUACAUUUAUUUAAAAAAAAAAAAAAAAAAAUUAAAGUCCAAUGUAGGCAUGAGCUUUUUUACACACAUGCCGGCAUGAUACAUAGAUGUCACUCCACACCCCACCUUAUAAUAUAUUUAGUUUAGUACAUGCCACUGACAUUCAACCGCUGGUAUAGGCCUACGUCAUGGCCUCGAUGAUGGGGCUCUCCUCCAUUCUGUUGGUGCUGGGCUGGGCGUUGUACAAACUAAUCCCAGCCACAGGAACCCCUAGACAUGUACGGUAGUAGUAA